AUGUCUCUCACACGGCUUCUCCGCCUCCGUGGCGCCCAGCCAACCACACCACUCGCCAAGCGCCACUUUCUGUCAAAUUGGGAUGCUGCCGAAUUCGAUGAUCUCAAAUACUCGUACGGUCUUGAGGGUGUAGACCAAGUCGGCAACUACCUAUGGGUAGACACAUUCCUGUACCUCCUUGUAGGUAUCUCUGGACUUCUCCUUCUUCUACGCAUAUCAAACAUGUGGUGGAAACACAGCCGUCAUCUGAGCGCAAUGGGAAACUCAAAACAAAAGUACUGGGAGGUCAACCGGACAAGCUGGUGGCCGUGGCUCAACAGACAUGUCCUCAUGGCACCCCUAUGGAAGAAGAAGCAUAACGCCCAAUUCCAGAUUAGCAGCGCCAUCGACAACGGAACUCUCCCUGGCAGAUGGCACACCAUAAUGUUGGUCAUCUAUGUUGCCCUCAACGUAGCUUGGUGUGUCGCUCUCCCUUACAAGGUGCUCGACCACAAGGAGACCCUCGCUGCGCUCCGUGGACGCUCUGGAACACUUGCCGCCCUCAACCUCAUCCCCACUAUCCUCUUCGCCCUCCGCAACAACCCGCUCAUCACUCUUCUCCAAGUCUCUUACGAUGACUUCAACCUCUUCCACCGCUGGGCUGCACGCAUCACCAUCGCUGAGGCCAUUGUCCACACGGCUGCCUGGUUGUACAACACCAAGCUCGCAGCAGGAUGGCCUGCCGUUACAGCCGCUCUCCACACUGAAGGCUCAUACGGCUGGGGUAUGGUAGGAACCGUAGCAUUUACCUUCCUUGGUAUUCAAGCAUGGUCGCCGUUCCGUCACGCCUUCUACGAGACCUUCCUCAACAUCCACCGUCUCUGUGUCAUUGCCGCCCUUCUUGGUCUCUACAAGCACUUGGAGCUGCACCACCUCCCCCAAGUCCCAUGGAUGCACCUGGUCUUCUUCUUCUGGGGUGCCGAGUGGGUCUGCCGAUGGGCCUCGAUCAUCUACUAUGGCUUUGGUGUCAGGCAACGAUCUUCAAUCACCGUUGAGGCCAUGCCCGGAGAAGCUGUUCGUCUGACCAUCAACAUGGUCCGCGAAUGGACUCCCCGCCCAGGAUGUCACGUGCACAUGUGGAUGCCAGCCCUAUCCUUGUGGUCUUCGCAUCCCUUUUCGGUUGCCUGGGCUGCUACUCUCACCCCCGAAUCAAAAGAAAUGACACUGCCCAUGCUUGAAGGCGAUGUCCUCGCCCUCCAUGGCCGACCUCAAAAGUCCAAGCAAAUCAGUCUUGUCUGCCGUGCUCGUACAGGACUUACCCGCCAUAUGUACGAGAAGGCCUGCAAGAGCCCCAACGAGCAAUUCACCACCUUCGGUUUCAUCGAAGGUCCGUAUGGCGGCCACCACAGCCUGGACUCCUACGGCACUGCGGUGCUCUUCGCCGGUGGUGUAGGCAUCACCCACCAGGUCAUGUACCUAAAGCACCUUGUCAACGGCUACAACAACGGCACUACUGCCACACAAAGAAUAGUCCUCAUCUGGACAGUCCCCACAUCCGACUGUCUAGAGUGGGUACGACCCUGGAUGGACGAGGUCCUCCGCAUGAAGGGUCGUAAGCAAUGUCUCCGCAUCAAGCUCUUCAUCUCAAGACCCAAGGGUCGUGUCGAGAGCAGCAGUGAGACGGUCAAGAUGUACAGUGGUCGUCCGCAAGUGUCGAGCUUGAUCGAAGAUGAGGUCAAGAACCGUGUUGGUGCUAUGGCCGUCACGGUUUGCGCGUCAGGCGGUAUGGCUGAUGGAGUAAGGCAUGCGGUCAGACCGUUCCUUACGCAAGGUAGCGUGGAUUUCAUCGAGGAGGCCUUCACAUACUAA